AUGUCAUCGUUAAUAACGCCUGAAGUGCAGGUGCUAAUAGAUCCAGUAGUGGCAACCCUUAAACGACAUCAAAUUCAAGAUGAUAAAGAAAUGGCAUUAACUAUAUCUCAAUUAUUAAUGAAAAUUAUAGCGGUUGCAAGAUGGUCAAAUAUAAAUGACUUGAUAAAAAUCAUAAGAAAAGUUGGAGUAAUAUUAGAUAAAGCAUAUCCCAAAAAUGUUAUACCUGGUAAUAUAGUGAGAAGAGUAUUAGCUUUAAUACGUGAUGAAAUUGAAACUGCAAAUGAAGAAAAUAAUCAGAAUUUAAAUAACAAUCAAACCAAUACAACCAAUAUCCCAAUGAUGAGUUCAAUGUUUAGCUUAUUAACUACAAAUACUACUGAUACUGAGUCUACCAAUAAUACUCCACAACCAUCCAAAAAACAAACAAGUGAAUUGAGAAGUAUCUUAAUUCAAGGAAUAAAAGAUUUAGUUGAUGAAAUAUCAACAGUUAAUGAAAAUUUAGAAACUAUGAGUGUUGAUUUAAUCCAUGAUAAUGAAAUAUUAUUAACACCAACACCAACAUCAGAUACUGUAUUACAUUUCUUAUUGAAAGCAAGAUCGAAAAGAAAAUUCACUGUCUUAGUUACUGAAAAUUACCCAAACAAUUUAAAACAAUCACAAUUAUUUGCCAAAAAAUUAGCUGAAAAUAACAUUGAAACGAUUUUAAUUCCAGAUACUACCACUUAUGCAGUAAUGUCAAGAGUUGGGAAAGUUAUAUUGGGGACAAAUGCAGUAUUUUUAAAUGGUGGUUGUUUAUCAUCAAGUGGAGUAGCAAGUGUUGUUGAAUGUGCAAAAGAACACAAGACUCCCGUAUUCGCAGUUGCCGGAUUAUAUAAAUUGUCACCAUUGUACCCAUUCACAAGAAAUGAUUUAAUUGAAGUUGGAAAUUCUGGAAAAGUUUUAAAUUAUAAUGACUACAAUUUAGUUGAUAAUGUUGAAGUUGUAAUGAACCCGCUCGAUGAUUAUAUACCACCUGAACAUAUUGAUAUUUUUAUUACAAAUGUUGGUGGAUUUGCUCCAUCAUUUAUUUACAGAAUUGUGUUGGAUAAUUAUAAAACUGAAGAUAAUAAUUUGGAAUAA